UAUAAACACACUCCGUCGACGACGGUCUCGAGCGGCUUUCACAACCGCUGCAACAGCGCGCACACGCGCACGCACACGCCGACGGUCGACGUUUCGCAUUUCGCGUUUUUGUGUUUUCUCCGCCGCCGCCGUGCGUGUUUCUCUUUUCCCGUGUCAGUACAGUCGCUGAAUCCGUCGAAAUCUCUCGCGUAGUACGCCGCCCGUACUUGGUACAUUCGUCUCCGUUGUCGAUAAUUUGCACCAAUAUCAUAUCAUACGAAGAGAGUUCCGUGCUUUUAUUAUUCUGACUCGCGGCGCGUGUAUCGAUCGCCAUUAUUCGUCGACAGUCGAUAUAAUAUUGUAUUAUUUUAUCGUGUGCAUAUAAUAUAAUAUCGUAGGUAGAGCCAGCCAGCCAGGUAUUAUAUAGUCACUAUAUAAGCAACACGGCCGCCCGCACUCUCUCUCCGUCUAUUUCUUUCACCUGUUCGCACCGUCCGUCUGCUCGGGAGUCGGGUUGCUAUUUGAAUAUCUCAGUGGUCGAGGAAAUUCGUGAACCGAAAACACUCGAGAGCGACAUCCAUCACACAUCAUCGUCAUCGUCAACGGCGUAACGACGACAGCGAAUUUCCACUGCAAAAAUAUAUCUAUAAUUGUAACGACUGUGUGCUAUCUUCGAGGCGCGUGUCUUUGCAGUAGAUUUAAAUAUCCAGAUUUAUAAAUAUUUCUACUGGUUCACACAUGUUUGACUCAUCACCGCUGUUGGUCGUUGCUAUCGAGGCUUAGAUGUUGCCUCAAUUUACUGCCUUAAGAAAUGCCUGGAUUGAAAGAUAUGUCGAUGCAGCAACCAGGAAAUAAUAAUAAAAGAGAGUUAAACGAAAAACCAAUAAUGCCUUACCAUCGAAACAGCGUCAAUUCUAAUGGAUACUCAACAGACGGAGGCCAACAAAGUAUUGCUGGCGAGGAAAGGAAUGGUGAUGAAAAUAAUUCAGCUCCAACUUAUGUAAUUGAACAUUUAGCCACAUUUACGGUUUCAAAAAGUACUGGUAUAGUUUACCCAGCUGAUGGUAUGAGAAGACUAUUGCACCUUGAAAAAUCGAACGGUAUUUGGUCACAAAAAAUGCAAUUGCGUCUUGAUCAAUCUUGGGUUUUGAUAAUGGAUUUUGAAACGGGCGUUGUUAUGGAACGAUUCCCUAUUUCAUUAGUAAAAGAACCAACUGCUUUUACAAGCAAUGAUCCAAUGGAAAUUUAUAACAAUAUUCUUGUAUUCGUAGUUGGUCAAGUUGAUUCUCGAUCGGAAAUGCAUAUAUUUCAAAGUCAAAGUGUACCAGCUCAAGAAUUAGUUGAUGAUCUAAAGCUUCUGAGGUCUGGAAAAGGGAUUAAUAGAAAGACAAGACAUGUACCACCACCUCCUCCAACACCACCACCAAAUCCACCAUCAAACGGUGUCAGUGUUCGAGAACAAGUGUCUGUUUUUAAUGCUGUUGCCCAUCAUUCGGAUAAUAUUACUCGAGUUGAUGAUGAAACAAGUUCAACUUCUAGUGAAAAAUAUGAGAGAGAUGUUAUAGUACUGAAUCACUGCUUCGAUGAUAUUGAAAAAUUCAUUGCAAGGUUACAGCAUGCUGCUGCUGCAUCUCGAGAACUAGAACGCAGGAGAAGGAAUCGUAAAUCUAAAAAGAAGGAUAUUGGAGACGGAAUGCUAACAAUGCGAGCUAAACCACCUCCAGAAAUUGAGUUUAUUGAUAUAUUUCAAAAAUUCAAACUAUCGUUUAAUCUUUUGGCUAAAUUAAAAGCUCAUAUCCAUGAUCCAAAUGCUCCAGAACUUGUACAUUUCUUGUUCACUCCAUUAGCAUUGAUUGUUGAUGCUUCUCAUGACACUCAAUAUAAACCAAACAUUCCAUCUAGAGUUGUAUCACCUUUACUCACGAGAGACGCAAUUAAUCUUUUGAUGAACUGUGUAACGAGUAAAGAAACAGAACUAUGGCAUUCUUUAGGCGAUGCUUGGCUUAUACCAAGAGAACAAUGGAAAGGCUAUGCGGCUCCUUACCAUCCAAUUUUUAUGGAUGGAUGGUCACCAGAAUAUCCAAUUCCAGUUUCUGAUGAUCAUUUAACCAACGUUCCAACUACCAGUGCAAUUGAAUCAAAGAAAUCAAGAGAAGAAAUUAAAAAUUCAAAUCCUGAGGGAGAAUUACGUGACACUUUAUAUCAUCAUCGUGACCGAGAACAUGCUGGGAUAGGUGAUGAUAGUAGUGACUAUUUUGAGUAUGAACACGAACAGUCAGCUAUGAUGGGGAUUAGACCACAGUAUUCAUUUAACACUGGUGGUAAUUAUUCUGGCCAUCAUCAAGAGCAAUUUGGACCUGAUGACAGAGAUGAUUCACAUAGUUUGGAAGGUGAGUCUGAACCUGAUUUCAAUACACUGUCACUUCAUAGUCCACCAAGAAUGGAUAAAGAACGUGUAGAUAAUAUGGCAGCACGCAGUGACAUAUCUGCCGAUUCGAUUGAGCGUAAUAAUGCAAGUGGACCGGGAAGUGAGAGAUUUGAAAGAGCUCAAGCUAGAUGGUUAGAAGACAUGCGAGCUCGAGGUGUGAAAAUAGUUCAAGUAACUUAUCCAAGGACAGCAAAUAAUGAUAAGGAACUAUCAGUUGUACGUGGCGAAUUGUUAGAAAUUUUGGACGAUAGUAGAAAAUGGUGGAAAGCUCGAAAUAACCGUUCACAGGUGGCUCAUGUACCUCAUACAAUUGUUACACCAUUUAAUCCAAUGCUAGACUCAAACGACAUAUUUACAAAUCCAGUGUAUGCUAAAGGAUAUGAUAAGAGAUCAGCUUCACAAACACAAAAUUACACACAAGAGUCUAUAAAAAGUGAAUUUAUUGAUCAAAGUAUGAGUUCUGAUCCAUCCAGAAGCACUUCUGUACAACCACCAGUUCCAGCACCGGCUGAUUGGGUACGAAAAGAACGAAUUGGUAAAAAAGGAGAAUUCCGUUAUUUUUAAUAAAAAGAAAAAUAUUUACAUCAAUAAACCUUGAUUGACAUAAUCUAUGUAUUUUUUUUUAUUUU